CAAAAACGUUCAUCAACUAUGGACACAUUUCUGAAGAGGCUGGUGUCCGAGGACACUGUCAGACAGCAAAGAAACUUAAAGCUCCAAAAACUACGGAGAAGGCCACGCCGACAGCAGCUUUCAAAACAUGCCCUGGUGGAGUGGAGACACCUUGCAGUGGUCACGGCAGAUGUAAUGACACUAUCUUUGGAUCUGGAAAAUGUGGCUGCGAGGUUGGAUGGAAAGGCUAUGCUUGUGAAUUGUGCGAUGCUGAAAAUAAUGACAACUGUACAUCAGGCACCGUGAGCAAUGAGACCGUCUGCAGCAACGUGACAUGCCCAGCCAACUCUCAAUGUGUGGUAUUGGACAGACUGGCUCAUUGCAUGUGUGACUGGCCGUAUGUGGAGAAUGAUAACAGUACGGGCGAUGACAAUGGCACUUCUUGUGAGAAACUGGAUACCUGCACCGUUCCUCCAUUCUGUCAUAAGAAUGCUGCCUGUCAGAUGAUGAAUGUGUCGGGUCCUGACAGCCUCUGGAAGACGUGCAGCUGCAUUGUUGGUUACCAUGGUGAUGGGUUUGCCUGCGACCCAGAUGACCCCUGCCAGGUGGACAAUAGGGGCUGUGAUUUGAACACAACUGACUGUGUGAACACUUCACCUGGGCAGAGUAAGUGUGUAUGCAAGUCUGGCUACCAUGAGUAUGUGUUGACAGUGGGAUGUAGCCUCAUUGACAUGUGUGCUCUCAACAAGACUGCAUGCCACCCCAAAGCUACGUGCACAACCCCUGGACCACAUCAGCUGAAGUGCUCCUGUCCUGUAAACUAUGUUGGGGAUGGACGUGUUUGCUUCGGCAAUCUGUUACAGACAAUAAUUGACCUAGACAACUCAGACCCGGACUUCAAAGGUCAGCUGUCCCUUGUUCAUGGAGCGAUGGAAAAGUACUACAAGAAAGAGCUAACAGAGCAUGGACCCUUCACGAUGUUCAUAGCAAACAAUGAGGGGUUUAGGGCCAUCAACACUGGUGAUUAUCAGAAGUGGCUGAGUGAUGAAGUGGUAGUGCGAAGAAUCCUCCGCGAGCACAUGAUAGCAGGGGAGCUUACCAUGGAUAAACUGAACAACAUGACGCAGUUCCACACCCUGCAAGGCUCCACCGCAGAACUGCUUGUGAGCAAUAGAGACACAAUCCGGUAUCGUCUCCAGGGCAGCAACAAGAAGGGUAAGGUGGAAAGGGGGGAUAUCCAGGCAUCCAAUGGGAUUAUUCAUGUCAUCAACCGCCUGCUGGUCACACCGUCUGAUGAGUCGGAGUAUGGCUUCAAGGGGUUAACCAUUGCUGAUAAUGUUAAACAGAUUGGAAAAUAUAAUAGACUGGAGUCUCUAAUAAUGACUGCAGGUGAUGAGAUAGUCAGCCUCCUGGGCUCAGACAAUGUCACCCUGUUUGCACCCAUCAACAGUGCCUGGGACGCCCUGCCUGUGGGCUCACGGGAGUACCUCACCUCAGCAGAGGGUAAAAGCAAUUUACUUGCAAUUUUGAAAGACCACAUUUAUGAUGGAGUUUUGGAAGUAACCGACAUUGUCAACAUGAGGCUGCUGAUGUCAAAAGCUGGGUCUGUGUCCUACGUCUAUGUGUCUCCAACGGGUGAGUUAAAGGUGAACAAUCACGCGACACUGCUGCAGGCGGACAUCGUCGCUAGCAACGGCCUCAUUCACGACAUCUCGGAGGUGAAGAUCCCCAAUGGAGCCUCCACCUUGCCCAACUACUGUGAUGUCAAGUCAUACGGGCUUGUCAGGGGAACAUGUAGAGACUGCAGGGAAGAUAUGAAGUGCUAUGGAGAAGACGUACUCACUGACCAGUUAGAACAGUGUCAGUACCUGGCCAGGAAUGCUGAUGGAAAGUAUGAAUACUACCCAGGAUGUGCUGUCAUGUGCAACAGAACUUACGCUACAAAGCACUGUUGUGAUGGUUUCUAUGGUCUAGAUUGCCUCCCCUGUCCUGGGGGACACAAGAACCCAUGUAAUGGUCGGGGAAAGUGUUCAGAUGGCUACUGGUCUGAUGGAAGUUGUACCUGUGAUAAGAACUUUGGAGGGCCAGCAUGUGACAAGUGUUUUGAUGACCGCCAUUUCGGGCCCAACUGCACACAAGAGUGCACCUGCAUACACGGUCGCGAUAAUCAAUGCAACUCGGGCCCAUCUGGGAAUGGUCGUUGUGUGUCCUGCAUGGAUGGUUACCAGGGAAGCGACUGUGAGAUCCAGAGCUUUGUUUGUGGCAACAGUUACAGCAAUAAUUGCCACGCUCACGCUUUAUGCAUCUGGAUUGAAGAACAUCUUGAUUUCAGGUGUAUAUGCAAGCCAGGCUACAGUGGUUCUGGUUCCCAGUGUGAUGCUAUCAACAUCUGUGAGCUGGGAACCAUGGCAGGAUGUCAUCUACAGGCCACAUGCACAAUGACUGGACCAGGCACCGCCAACUGCACGUGCAACAAGGGCUGGAGCGGGGAUGGCAAGGAUUGCCAGAAAGAGACCACAUGUUCCAACCACCUGCAUUGUCACAAGUUUGCAUCCUGUGACCUCAACCCUGCUUCUAAUCAGAGUCAAAAUCAGUACAUUUGCCGCUGCAAGCCAGGUUUCUAUGGUAACGGAACAUACUGUGAGUACAAAGACCAGUGUGAUAUCAAAAAUGGUGGAUGUGACCCAAGGGCAUUGUGUAAGCAUGUAGACCGCUCAAGGCCUGUUGUCAACUGUACCUGCCCCAUUGAAAAGGGUCUGAGUGGAAGUGGCUUCAGUUGCUAUGGAAACCUGCUUGUGGAGUUGGGCAAUAUGAAUGACACCAAACUGUUGUACAAGUUUUUAAUGGAAUCCCCUGUUGUUGACCAGAAAGCGCUUCUACAGGACAACUACACAUUAUUUGUGAUCAAUGACACAGGCUUCCAGAGUUUCCUGAAUGGCUUAAAGCUUGAUGCAUAUGACAAGCAGCCUACCUGGUGGAGAAGUAAGGCCAAUAUGCUGACACUGAUCAACUACCAUACCAUACAAGGCACUCAUCGUUUGGAAGAGUUGAUUCUAAGGUCAAAGAUUGCCAAGAUUGAUACGAUGGCAGACGGUUACUCGCUGUACCUCACACACGGGGAAGAUGGGGUUGUCAAGGUGAUGCCUAAGAAAACUGGAACAGUUGCCUCAGUUACACGCUCCAACAUCAUAGCAACAAAUGGCUACAUCAACAUCAUUGACAAGGUGUUGGAGCCGUAUGUGCCGAUGGACCCUGUUGACUACCCGUCUCUCAGUGUGUUCCUGGAGAAAAAUCCACAGUACAGCAUGUUUGCUGACUGGCUCAAGGAGUACAAUCUCAUUGCCACCAUAGAGAAUUUGGAUUCAUACACACUGUUUAUACCAACAAAUGAGGCUGCAGGCAAUCUGAACAGAACUGUGACCCGAGAUUUCCUCACUGCGUUCAUUCACACGGAAAUAAAGCUGAUGCUAGAUUAUGGAGAGGGAGAUGUGCUCAUUACAAGCUUUGAUGGCAAAACACACAGACUGGAAUUUUCUGAAAAAAGAUUGGACCUGUAUGUUAAUGGACUCCGCAUCACACGCAUGGACAUGUUCACGUAUGCAGGACUGGUUAAUGAGAUAGAUGGACUUUUUCACCCAAUCUUCAACAAUUGCGACAAUAAGAUUGUGGACACGCAGUUGGGCCUGUGUACGGCAUGUAUGGGCCCUGUGUACCAGUGUCAGAGUGGGUACCGACCCCCUGUGAACCAGGGACCCCUACAGACCCUCCCCUGCCUCUACAAGGAGCUCAGAGAUGGGGGCUCCAGGCCAAACUUAGAGGAGUUGCAGGGAUGUCAGGGGGUCUGUGUCAAAGAAUAUGUGGAGAAGGGGUGUUGCCAGGGUUACUAUGGCAAUCAGUGUUUGGACUGUCCUGGAGGUCCUGAGACACCUUGUCAAGGUCACGGGGUAUGUAGUGAUGGUAGCCGCGGUAACGGAACCUGUCAGUGUGAGGCCAAGUUCAUUGGAACAGAUUGCAGUUCCUGCAUAGAGGGAUGGGCUGGCAAGAACUGUGACAUAGACAAAUCAAGCUGUGAGUAUAAGAACGGGGGCUGUGACAUGAAUGCUGUCUGCUCAAGGGGUCAGGACGGGGUCAUUUCCUGCGUGUGUGAUGCGGGAUUUGAAGGGGACGGCUACAUCUGUAGUGGGCCCUGUGAGAGGGGCAAUGGGGGCUGCCAUAACAAUGCUUCCUGUAGUUACUAUGUGUCCUCUGGUAUCUCCUGCUCCUGCUUGAAUGGUAUGGUAGGGGAUGGUAAAAAGUACUGCAAUGGAGACCUGCUGCCCACCUUGAGAAACCUGAAGGGGGCAACAGUGUUCUAUCAGAGCCUGCAGAGUCUUUCUGAUGGAAGCCUCACAACAGCCCUCCUUACACCAAGAAACUUAACUGUAGAGCGUAACUGGACCCUUUUUAUCCCCAACGAUGCUGGGUUGAAAGGUCAACAGCUUAAUGAAAAAUCUCUCAUGGAACAUAUUGUCCUGGCUCCAAAAAAGGUUUUGUUAAACAGUGUGGACUUUGGAAACAAAACGGUCACUACUCUGGCAAAUAGCUCUGUUGUGAUUUCGUACAGUCCAUUAACACACACUUUCUAUGUCAACAAUAGCAAAGUCCUCGAGGGAAACAUUCCAUUCGUAGAUGGGGUCGUCCACCUCAUCUCUGACCCUUUGACAUUGACCUCAAUAGAACCUAGACCUCAAUCAGCUCAUGGCAUUUCAAGCGGGGCAGUGAUUGGCAUUGUUGUUUCUGUCUUUGUCAUAUCUACACUUGCAGUUGUUGUGGUCAUUGCGUACAACAGGUCUAGAGAGGGCUACUGGAAAGUGCUUCAGGAAUGGUUAGAAAGGCGUAAGGACUCUGACAGCCAGGAUAACUCUCCAUUACACGUGGGUGAUGUUGAUGAAGGCAAUCAGAUCGGUUGCCCUUUCACAGGAAAUACUGACUUUGGAAACCCUCUGUUUGAAGAGAUUCCAGAGGACUAAACACACCUUCAUCCUUCAUAGCAUGUGUAUUUUUGUUAUGAAACCAGCAGACUUUAAUAGUUGUAUUCAUUUUAAGUAGAUUUAUAACCGGGUAGUCUUAAAAUAUACAUGUAUUUGUAAACGGAAUUAUCGAGUGGAAGACUUAGACAUAUGUUUGAAUGUCAGUGUGUUUGAUUGCUUUUUAUUUGAAAUAUAAUUCUUCAUAGGAUUUUUUUUCUGGAAAUAAAUCAAUUUUGUAUGAG